AUGGCUGAAUUUGCGGUAACAGCUGCCAGUCCUGUUGUCAAAAUGGUGGUGGAGAAGUUGGCCUCUGGGCUAUGGGAGCAGCUGGGACUGGCGAGGAGUGUUCACACUGACUUUGAGAAGCUGCAGAGCAUGCUAUCAAGGAUCAAGGCCGUGCUUAAUGUUGCCGAGAGGAGAUCCAUUAAUGAUGAAGCUGUGUUUGAUUGGCUGAAGAAGCUCAGAGAUGCUGCUUUUGAUGCUGAUGAUGUGGUCGACGAGUUCCAGACUGAAGCGCUGCGGCGAAGAAUAGAGAGACGUGACCACAUGACUGGAAAGGUGCGUGACUUCUUUUCCUCAAACAAUCCAAUUGCAUUUCGAUAUAAGAUGGCUCGCAAGAUAAGAGAGAUUAGGGAGAGAUUUGAUGAAAUUGCAAAGGAGAACAAGGAUUUUGAUGGGAUUGUGCAAUCUGAAUCUGAUAGGCCUGUGAACCGUGAGACCAAGUCAUUAGCUGUUGAAUCUGAAAUUUAUGGAAGGGACACUGAAAAAAAUGAGGUGAUACAAAUCUUAGUCGACAAAGACAAUGACAAAAAUAUCUCAGUCCUCCCAAUAGUUGGCCUCGGUGGUAUUGGAAAGACUACCCUGGCUCAAACAGUCUAUCAUAAUGAUAGGAUUGAGCAGCACUUCGAGCUUCGAAUGUGGGUGUGCGUGGGUGAAAAUUUUGAUGAAGAAGUGGUCUUGCAGAAAAUGACUGUACAGAAUUGA